AUGAUUGAACAAAAAGUAGCCUUAAAACUGUGGAAACCCCUGCUUAUCUCUAAAGAUGUUUCUAUUUCCCACCUUUUUUAUGCUGAUGAUGUUUUUCUUUUUGGUAAAACCACUACUCAUAACAUUGACACUAUGAAAGAUACCCUUGAAGAAUUUAGGAAAAUGUCAGGGCUGAAGGUCAACUUUGCUAAAUCUUCUGUUAUCUUCCCAAAAAAAAUGGAUUUCAAUGUUAGAAACUCUAUCAAACAAAAUUGUAAUCUCAAUGAUUCAACCAGUUUUGGUAAAUAUCUAGGGAGUAACAUUUCUUCUUUAAAGCUGAAAAAGAAUGAUUUCUAUGAUCUCCUAGACAAAACUACUAGUAAAAUAAGGGGAUGGCAAGCCAAACUCCUAAAUAUGGAAGGGAGAUGUACUAUGAUCAAAUCUGUUCUAAAUGCCUACCAUCUUUAUGCUAUGCAAAUUUGUAUUCUUCCAGCUACUGUCACUAAUGAACUUGAAUCUAAAUAUAGAUAUCUUAAAUACUCAAACUUCCUUGACUGCAACCAAUCUAAUUCCUCUUCUCCAAUAUGGAAGGAUAUUCUUAAAGGUAGAGAUAUUAUAAAAAAGGGUAUGAUAAUUAGCAUUGGAAAUGGAAUUGACACUUCCUUAUGGUAUCACCAUUGGAUCCAACAUCUCUUACCCAAUUCCAUUUGUGACCUGAUACUUGCCAUGCCUUUGUCAAACAUUUCCCCUAAGUCUGAUAGCUUAAGAUGGACCCUAGAUAAGAGUGGCUCCUUCUCUAUUAAAAGUUCUUAUCAUUCCACUUAUGUUGCUAGGAAUAUGAGCUGUUCUAUCCAAAUUUGCUGGAAAAAACUUUGUAAAAUUGGAGUACCUUACAAAUACACAAUGCUCUUAUGGAACCUUUGUCAUUCUAUCUUGCCUGUAGCUGAUGUUCUUGCUAGGAAAUUACCUGGCUUAAAUCCUAUCUGUGUUGGAUGUUUUGACUCGGUUGAAAAUCAUCUUCAUCUCUUUAGGGAGUGCUCAAGUACUUCAACUCUUUGGUCUAUGAUUUUCCAGCACCAAGGACAGUUCUUUGAUUUAGAUUUCAACUUGUUCUAUUCAAAAAACUGGGAUGAAUGGAUCACCUAUAAUAUUUCAGGCUCAUCUCAAUGA